CACAAUCAACGAGCCGGUUUAGACAACAGGGCACGGCGGCUCUCCGCGGCCUCGCAUGCCGCCCUUCGACAGCCCAAAGGGGCCUCCAACGGCCGAUCUCCACGCCGCCGUCCGCCGGUCUCCUCGCCGGCCCAGCAACGGCGAUGGCGUGACGUCUCUCGUCGCAAACGCGGUAAAUACAAACCUACUCAGGCGUGGUGGCAUGGGCCUCAUGGCACCGCCAGGAGUGCAUGGGCGCGACGCACGCCACAGCGUGCGCGAAGCGAGGAGGCACCACGCCGAGUCGGCGGUUCACCUCAACUUCAUUUCCCUCGCCGCGAUUCCGUCGCACGAGGCGCUGGAGCAGUGCAUGGAGGGGCGGCAGGAGAAGAAGCGCCGCGUCUUCUCCCCGCCCCCGCCGGCCAAGCGCCACGCCAGCUCCGCCAGCGGCGCCCGCCGACGCGGCGCAGCCUCAGCCUGCGACAAGUCGGAGGAGCAGGAGCAGGAGCAAGAGCUGUCGAGCCUCAAGCUGACCGAGAUGGUGCCGCAGCGCAAGGGGGCGUCGCGGCCGCCCUCCAGCCGAGGCGGCUCCGCCGUCUCACUCUCUCGCUGCGAGUCGCGUUUCUCCCUCCUAUGGGUGAGGCCUACGUCCCCUGCCCGGCGCCGCGCCGGACGCAGAGCUUCGCGCCGCGCCGCCGCUCGCCCCUCGCCGCAGAAGGUCCUUUCGGCGGCCGGGCCAGCAACGCGGCCGCCCCCGCCCCGGCGUGAGACGGCGCUUGCGCUGGCGCACACGUGCACCCGCGCGGCGCGGAGACGAUCGCCCUGCCAGCUCGCUGGCUUGCGCGGUUGUCAUCACUACUUUUGUCACUGUCGGGCGCGCGCCGCGGCGCGCUUGCCGCCAACGCGCGUUUGCCGCCGUCAGCGGGAGAGCGCCGGCUCUGCUCGUCGGCGCGCGCGUACACCGCGAGUAGUUAGUUCAUGUCGGAGAGCGUGUAAAUCCCAUGCCCCAAGCCAUGUCCCGUUGAAUCAUGCCAUGUGUGUGACACCUGCGACCUGCGCGGUGUCUGAGAGAUGCCCAUGUCUUGCCUUUUAUCUGUGCACACUUACGUCAGUACGUCCGUCUGCCGGUGUUGAUACACUUGAGGUGUCGAUCCCGUGUUCGGCCCGUGAUGUACACAUGUAGAGGAUCCUUUCGCUGUGCGGUGUGUGUUGCA